ACAUAGACGUUUAACAUAACCCCUCAACUGUAACGGUACAUGGAUAUCCUCGCUCGAUUGUUUUUAACAACGUACGAUUUGGAAGAAACUGUCCAUUUCCUGCUUUUCUUUUCGCAAAGGAUUAUGGAUGUUGUUGAGUCGCUUGCUGGAAUCUCGCGGUGUGUGAGAGCGGCAGUGGGAAGUCCGUUCCAGAUUUCGCCAGUCUUUCCCUUUAGAGACGCUUCGUGCCUACACUUCGCUCCCUUUGUUUUCUUUAGCUCGUGUAUCAUGUCUGUAGCUUUCGCGGCUCCCAGGCAGCGGGGGAAGGGGGAGAUCACUCCUGCGGCCAUUCAAAAGAUGCUGGAUGAAAAUAACCAUCUAAUACAAUGCAUAAUGGAUUAUCAGAACAAAGGAAAAACCUCAGAAUGUUCCCAAUAUCAACAGAUGCUGCAUACAAACUUAGUAUACUUGGCCACAAUAGCAGAUUCGAAUCAGAAUACCCAACCUUUAUUGUCAGCACUUCCUACACAAAAUAUGCCUAUGGGUCCAGCAGGGAUGAAUCAGAGUGGCCCUCCACAACCACCACGCGCUCACAACAUGCCUUCAGAAGGGAUGGUAGGAGGGGGUCCGUCUGCACCGCACAUGCAGAACCAGAUGAACGGCCAGAUGCCUGGACCAAACCAUAUGCCUAUGCAAGGUCCAGGACCUGGCCAACAUAAUAUGCCAAACAGUUCCAUGAACAUGCCUUCUAACAACCAUGGUUCCAUGGGAGGCUAUAACCAUUCUGUGCCAUCCUCGCAAAAUAUUCCAGCCCAGAAUCAGAUGAGCAUGAGCCAAGGCCAGUCCAUGGGCAACUAUGGUCCUCGGCCGAAUAUGAACAUCCAACCAAAUCAAGCUCCUAUGAUCCACCAACAACCUCCCUCGCAGCAGUAUAAUAUGCCUCAGGGAGGACAGCAUUAUCAGGGACAACAACCACCAAUGGGCAUAAUGGGCCAAGUUAACCAAGGAAAUCAUAUGAUAGGACAAAGGCAAAUUCCACCAUACAGACCCCCUCAGCAAGGUCCACCCCAACAAUACUCUGGUCAGGAAGAGUACUAUGGAGAACAAUAUAGCCAUGGUGCUCAAGGUACCCCAGAGGGCAUUAAUCAACAAUACUAUCCUGAUGGUCAUAAUGAUUACGGUUAUCAGCAACCGUCGUAUCCUGAACAAGGCUACGAUAGGCCUUACGAGGAUUCCUCACAACAUUACUACGAAGGAGGAAAUGCGCAAUACAGCCAACAGCAAGAAUCUUAUCAAGGACCACAGCAGCAGCAAGGCUACCCACCUCAGCAACAGCAAUACGCUGGUCAGCAAGCUUAUCCUGGUCAGCAGCAAGGUUAUGCACCUUCACAAAGUGGUCCUGGACCUCAGUACCCUAACUAUCCGCAAGGACAAAGCCAGCAGUAUGUGCAAUACAGGCCUACACAACCAGGCCCUCCCCAGCCCCAACAGCAGAGGCCAUAUGGAUAUGAUCAGGGUCAAUAUGGAAACUACCAACAAUGAAGAGAGUAUGUAUCCCUGUAGUCUGUCUUUGUAGCUGUUGUUUUGCUUCCUCCGAACUGUGGACAUUUUGCCUAUUUUAUCUUUACUAUAAAUUUGGGAAAUCCAUCUGAAUUAAACCAAUGCGUUUUGCAGUAAAUGUGGGUUUAUAUUUAUAGUCAUUCUUUUACUGAGGCAUAUACAAUUCCUGUACUCUAGAUGGCAAUGUUGCAUAAAAAACAAAUCCGCAAGGCACCACUGCUGUCAAUGACUUCUGAAUCUUACAGGAUGUUGGUUACUUUUUCUUUUGUUGGGACUGCAUAGAAUCGGACAAAGGCAUUCUAUCCUGGGUUAUAUGCAAACUGGUACUCCGGGGAAGGACCAGUUUAACUGGCCAUGGAUGAAGGACAAUUUAGCCAAAAACUCAAAGAAUUCAAUCUUGUACAAUGUACCGUAAUAUUUUGAAUUUGAUGCAGUUUUUCUGUAUUGCUAAAAAUAAAUUUAUUGUAAAAUCAUUACAAUGUUGCCCGCUGUUAGGUUGCAUGAAACAUUAGUUGCCAUUGUCCGUCUUACAGGAAAGAAAUGUUGUUUUUAUACACACUUUUUCAAUGUAUUUCAAUAAAAAAGAGAAGAAAUGGCAUGAGGAAUUUUGAAUAGGAGUUACUCAUUGGUGUUUAUACAUGUGUUUACCCCUAAAAAAAUCACAAUGCACAAAAAAGUUGCAUUUACUGAAGACAUAUCUAUUUGCCAUCUGUUUGCCUCUUUGUGAGUUGCUUUUGUUUCUUUAUGAAGCACAGGCUGCAGUAAGUGUUUUUGGGUCAUUAUGCAAUACUAUUGAUAAUGGGCUGAAUUCUACCUUCCCCCCCCCCCCAUCUUUGUCAUUUCCAUUUUUGUUUAGAUGACCAAACAGAUAUCAGAUAUGGAAAGUAAGGAUUUAAUGAGACUUUGUAUGUUUUAUAGAAGAUGAAUAUUUUUUUUCUGUUCAAUCCUAAUAAAAUACAUUAAGAUUUCAGUUCUUUCAGUAUGGGCAGUAUUACAUAUUUUUUUGAGGGUUCUGUGCCAAACUUACAAUAGUGUACUUACAUUGCUAUUUAAAAUGUACUUAAAUAAAUUAUUUGUGACUUCUCA